GGCGGCGCCAAUCGCGGGGCCUGGGGGCGUGGCGGGAGCGGUGUGUCCCGCGCGGACUCGGGGCUGUCGCAGAGCGGAGCGGAGCAUCGCGAUGGGCCCGGACCGGGCGCUGGCGCGGCUCCUGCUGCUGUUGGGGGUCCUCGGCGGGGCGGCGGGCGGGCCCCACUCCCUGCGCAACUUCUACGUUGCCGUGUCGGAGCCCAGCCCGGGGGUGCCUCAGUUCGUGGCUGUGGGGUACGUGGACGGGAACGUCAUCUCGCGCUACGACAGCGAGACGGGGAGAGAAAUGCCCGGGGCGGACUGGAUGGCGGCCAACCUGGACCAGGCGUACUGGGACAGGGAGACCCAGAUCUUACAGGGCAAUCAGCAGGUUGACCGCGUCAGCCUGGAGACACUGCGGAGCCGCUACAACCAGAGCCGGGGGGUUCACACAGUGCAGACCAUGUAUGGCUGUGACCUCCAGGAGGACGGUAGCACCAGGGGGUAUCGGCAGUACGCCUACGACGGGAGGGACUUCAUCGCCUUUGACAUGGACACGAUGACGUUCACCGCGGCGGACGCGGCGGCACAAAUCACCAAGAGGAAGUGGGAGGAGGACGGGACUGUCGCUGAGCGAAUGAAGCAGUACCUGCAGAACACCUGCAUCGAGUGGCUGAAGAAAUACGUGAGCUACGGGCGGGCCGUGCUGGAGAGGAAAGAGCCCCCCGCGGUCCGAGUGUCGGGGAAGGAGGCCCACGGGAUCCUGACCUUGCGCUGCCGCGCUCACGGCUUCUACCCGCGGCCCAUCACCGUCAGCUGGCUGAAGGACGGCGAGGUGAGGGACCAGGAGACGGAGUGGGGCAGCGUCGCGCCCAACAGCGACGGCACCUACUACACCUGGGCCUCCAUCGAGGCCCGCCCGGGGGAGCAGGACAAGUACCGGUGCCGCGUGGAGCACGCCAGCCUGCCCGAGCCCGGCCUCUACGCGUGGGAGACGGAGUCCAACCUGUGGGCCAUCGUGCUGGGGGUGGCCGUUGCCGUCGGGGCCGUCGCUGCCAUCUGUGGAUUUCUCGUAUGGAAGCAGAAGUGGGGGAAGAAGAAGGCGGGCUACGGCAUGGCGUCAAGCACCGACAGUGGGUCUGGCAGCACGGGCACAGGGGUCACCGCCUGAGCGCUGGACGAGGGGCCGGCGCGUGGCUGGAUGCGGCCCCUGCCCUGGCCGCGGCUGGAGGCAGAGAGGAGCUGGGGGAGGCCGGGGGCUGCCUGCAGAGAGAGCUUGUCCCGCCGCCCCCGCCCAGCCCCGCUGUGGUGCCGGGUCUUCUUCCCGCUUCCUAUUUGCCGAUUGGAUCAUCUUGGCUCCCCUUGGAAUACUUUGCAAGCCCUUGGCUCCCCUUGGAACACCUCGGACCCCCUUGAUACCCCUUGCAUCACAUUGGAAAUCCUUGGAACCCCUUGGAAAUCUUCCAAUAACUUUGGAUACCCUUGGAACUUUUUGGAUCCCAUUCGAUCCGUUUCAAACCACUUGGCACCCCUUGGAACUCCUUGGAACCGUUUGGAUCCCCUUGGAAAAACUUCAAAUCCUUCGGGGAUCCUCUUGCAACCCCUUGGAACUGCCUGGAACCCUUGGAUCCCCUUAGAACCAGUUAGACCCCACUGGAUGCCUUGGACCCCUUGGAACUGCUUGGAAUGGCGACGGUGACCCCCUGGAACAGGCAACGCAAUAAAAGUGGGGCUGGAGGUGGGUUCGUGGCGGCGUGGCCAGUGUCCCUCUCGUCACCUCCCCAGCACGUGUUUUGGUGCAAGGACAAGCUGGAAGAGACCCCGGGUGGCACCUGCCGCCGGCCCCAGCCUCCUCCGGGGGAUGACUCCAGAUGAAGAAGCCACCGGGGAUGGAGGGAGCACCGAAACCCAACUGAUGGGUUUGGCCCCAAAGCAACCUUAAGCACUGAGCAAGAACGACCCACAAGCAUUAAAAACCCCACGGAUUCUAGAGCUGUUUCUCUCCAAAUCGUCAGCUGGGCUUCCCGUGCUCUCUGUCCGGGCCCCCGUUGACUUUUAUCUGCCCAACGGUGUGGGGAGAUGCCUCCCGUUCCCUUAACCCCUCUUUUUUCUGUUUUUAUUUUGCAAAUGAAAAGGUCCAGCGCCUUGAACCCAAGGGGGGGGUGGGCGGUGGGGGAGCUCCCAAAGCAUCCCACAAUUAUUAAUCCUAUUCAUUGUACAUUAGUGGGAAGUCACGAAAGGGAAUCGCCCCGAUUUCCCCCCAACCAGCCCCUCUCCAGCCAAGAAAAUAAUUCCAGUAAAAAUAAUCCGAUUUCA